AUGUCACCGCGGAUGGCAAAGAACCCCCACCACACCCUGACAGAAGAGGCUCCAUGCCUUGACAUCCAGAAGCAGACUGAAGUGUUUGAUAUCAGUAGGCCUGUAACAGCAACACCAUUACAACUGCCAGAUGACUGUGUAAAUUUGGAAACUUUGGCAACAGUUGCAAGCAAUGCCCAGACAUUCCAAUUGCCCCAAGUGUACCAUGUUCAGUGCCAGACACCAGCUUUGGGGUUCAAGCCUCAUGCAGAACUAGCCAAGGUGGUGGAGAACAAGCUGCUACUGAAAGACAUUCAGAAACUGUCUCCAGCGCAGCAAACUUCAGAUAUAGAGGCCUUCCAUAAAGUAAUGUGCAGUUGGGCUCCAAAAUCUGUACAUUACAUGCAUACCUACAUGGAAUCAAGGUUUGUUUAUGUCUGUUGUUUUGUUUUCUUUAGUACACUCCACUUUAAUGAAAAUGCUAGGAGGGAUACACGGACAACCAAGAGUGGAGUGCAACAGUACACACUAUCGUAUCCAAAAAGCAAAAGGGUGAGCCUGUUGUCAAGGAUGUAAACACUG